AGCCGAUGGAGACAGACCAGGCAGGUGCUGCCGCGUGGGGGAAACGGUGGCUGCGGAAUAGCCCAGGGACGCUGCACCGGCCACAGUGAGAGCGGAGGGGGAGAGACCCUCGAGUAACCGGCUUGGAUCGUUGACACGCCGCAGCAUUCAGGCUUCUCCCCGCUCUCCUCCCACCUCCGCCGGGCUAUUUUUUUUUUAUCGGCGGCUGCAGGCGCCGGUGGGAGGGACGGUGCGAGGAGAGAAGGAUCGGGGCGCCCCCUCCGCCCUGCGCUCCGCCCACCCCUCUCGGGGCCUCGAGUGAGGGGAAGGGCUGCGCUGCGCGGGAAACCGGCAGAGGGAGGCGAGCCUGAUUGACGGAGGCGGAGGCGUGCGCGCGGGCGGGGGAGGGCGGAGAGGGAGGCCGGAGGUGUGAGGAGAGGGAGGAGGAUGUGAGCGGGCGGCGUGGGGUGGUGCACAGCUGGGGCACGGACCGAGCCUGGCAGCGGAAGAUCCCCCUCCACCGUGCAGAGGGUGCCCCGAGGUGCGAGAGGGGCACCUUCCUCUUCACUCCUCCGCCGCAGCUCCGUUGGUGCAGAGAGGGGCGGCAGGGGCUCUGCUGCGCUCGACUCCGCCACCCCUCCUCCUCCUCCGCCGCCGCCGUUACUGUGAAUGAUUGAUCUGCCAGCCCUCCGGAGGAAGAUGCUCGCCUGCUGCAGAAACGGGGCGUGAUUGGAGGGCUGGGGGGACCAGCCGUUUGCCCGACCCAGCCGGGGUCAGAACCGGGUGCCCCGCGCCCAUCUCCGCCGCGGCUCCCUUUUUCUCAUCCCGCCACCUCCCGACUCCGGUUCCUCCCCACCCCAUCACAUCCUUCGUAAGGGGAUGCGCGGCUGGUGCCCUGCCGCCGCCGCCGCCGCGCUACCGGAGCCCGAUGUCAGCGCCAGCGAAGCGGCUCCCUCCGCCUGCUGCUCGGGAAAAUGAAGCGACACCCCCCGUCUUCCUGCUGCUGCUGCUGCUGCUGCUGCCGCCGGCGGGGGUGUUAGAGGCAAGGGCGGCGUGGAGCGCUGCGCACACCGCAAGCCCCAUCCCGCUCUGCACCUGAGGACGGACGGGCGGACUGCUCGCCUGCCGGGAGCUCUUGGCUGCUCUAGAGCCAUUGCGAUCGGACUGCCCGGGGGGGCAUCGGCGCUGCCGUUGGGGUUGGCAUAACCCCCCUGCCAGAGGCAAGUGCCUCCGCCUUCCCCCUGCAGAAGGAAGGUUGGCUGGUGCUGCUACUGCUUCUACCUCCUCCUUGUCCGCCUCCUGGCAAGGAGCUGAAGCUGCCCUGGACCCCGUGCUGCAGGGGAGGGGUCUGCGGAGAAGAAGACGGGCUCCGGGAGGCUAUGGGGAACGUUCCCAUUGGGCUUGCUCCUUAGGCAAGACCUCCCUUUCUCCUCAAAAGGGUUGUGAUCCCCCACCCCCCACACACCUGGCUUCGCUCCCACAUGCCUGUAGGCUUGUAGCCUUUAAAUCCUGCUGAGAGGUGCUUAGGGCCACCUGGAUUUGUGGAAACACCUGGGAUCUACAGCCAGAAAGGCAGAAAGCCAGACAAGUAACAGGAGUGUCAGCGCGGCGUUGCUUAGCAGGCUACUCUUGCAGCUCUGUCACAGGGUGAAGAAAAUCCUUUUUAGGAAUUUGGCUGCUUAAACAACUUGCAUUUGCACGUCUCCAUUGGUCAUCAUGGGGGAGCAACCCAUCUACAGCACCCGAGCUCAUGUCUUCCAGAUAGAUCCUAAUACGAAGAAGAACUGGGUUCCCACCAGCAAGCAUGCUGUUACUGUAUCCUACUUCUAUGACAGCACAAGAAAUGUCUAUAGGAUAAUCAGCUUGGAUGGCUCAAAGGCAAUAAUAAAUAGUACCAUCACGCCCAACAUGACAUUCACAAAAACAUCACAGAAGUUUGGCCAGUGGGCAGAUAGCAGAGCAAAUACUGUGUAUGGCUUGGGAUUUUCGUCCGAACAUCAUCUUUCAAAAUUUGCAGAAAAGUUUCAGGAAUUUAAAGAAGCUGCAAGACUAGCUAAGGAGAAAUCCCAAGAAAAGAUGGAAUUAACAAGUACGCCUUCACAGGAAUCUGCAGGAGGUGAUAUUCAAUCCCCUCUUACGCCUGAGAGCAUUAAUGGGACAGAUGAUGAAAGAACAACUCCAGAAGUGACCCAAAACUCAGAACCAAGGGCUGAACCCACCCAGAAUGCUUUGCCAUUUGCACAUAGUUCAGCAAUCAGCAAGCACUGGGAGGCGGAACUCGCUACGCUCAAGGGUAACAAUGCCAAGCUUACCGCAGCUCUGCUCGAGUCCACUGCCAACGUGAAACAAUGGAAACAACAGCUUGCGGCGUAUCAGGAGGAAGCAGAGCGUCUACAUAAGCGGGUGACUGAGCUGGAGUGUGUUAGUAGUCAAGCAAAUGCGGUCCACACUCAUAAAACAGAACUAAACCAGACAAUACAAGAAUUAGAAGCAACGCUGAAGAAAAAGGAGGAGGAAAUAGAAAAAUUGAGGCAAGAAAUUGAUAAUGCCCGUGAGCUUCAAGCACAGAGAGACUCCUUAACUCAGAAGCUACAAGAAGUGGAAAUUCGAAACAAAGACCUAGAAGGACAGCUCUCUGAUCUUGAACAACGCCUGGAAAAAAGUCAGAAUGAACAAGAAGCUUUUCGCAAUAACUUGAAAACACUUUUAGAAAUUCUCGAUGGCAAAAUCUUUGAACUAACAGAACUACGAGAUAACCUGGCCAAGCUAAUAGAAUGCAGCUAAAGGAAAUGGAAUCUCAGUGCCAAACAUCUUAAAGAUGCACUGUCUCUCUUCAUAGGACUUCGUUGGGCUCUGCAUCAAAGUUGCACAAAAUUAGAAAAAAAAAAUGCUCCCCCAGGAGGGUCUAUUUUAAAUUUUCAGCCGCAUAUUUCAGUGUAAAAUUUUAGAAUUCAGCUUGUAUCUAGUUGAAAAAAAAUAAAAUAACUUGAAUUACAAAUUACCUCCUUGUAUAUAAUUGGCCAUAGAUAACUCGAAAGAUAUUAACAGUAAUUGAAUGCAAUCCUUUUCUAAUUAUUAGCCAGUGAAAGAAUGAGAAGUGGCCCAGAUGACGUCCUUUUUAGCAUUAGACACAAUGUAGAUGAUCUGCUUUUUUUCCUCCUUUCCUUUUCCUUUUUGUUAUGGUACCUAAUUGCUGUGUUUUGUGCAAGAACUUUGUGAUGACAGCCCUUGUCUUUUGUUGUAAUCUUAAUAAUUUCUCAGGAUAUUUUGCACUGUUGAGAAACAGUGCAUUACCAAUUAAUUCUUGCCAGGAGUGAGAGAGAGUUGCAUCUUUAAUUCAAACCUAAUGAAUAACUGCUUGUAUAGAGUUCUUCCCUUUUUUAUACUGGAAGAUACUGUAUUUAUUUACGAUGUUCACUCUGGUGUUCUAUAAUAUUGUCCAGUGUAUGGUUUACUUUUCCCUAUUUUAUGUCCAUGUAUGUAGAAGUUCUGUAUCCCAUUUUGUCAUACAUUUUGAAGCCAAUCAGUGAAGACAGGUGAGUCCCUCCGUGUAUUUUAAAAUUUGGUACAUACAGAUAAGCAUCAAACUAGUCUUAUUAAAUAUCACACAGGUUUAAUGUUUAUUGUUACUUAAAAUAUUUUACUACUUUUAGCAAGAAACUCAUUGAUUAUCAAUGCAGCUUUCUAUAGCAGCUAAACAGCUAUUGCCAGGGCAUUCCCUUUAUGUUGACCGUAUUAAACCAAGAUAAUUUUUUGAGAGAACCUAUAUAAUCAUGAGACAUUGAAAUAGAGAUUUUUGUUUUCUCUGUUGGAUCUUGACAUCUCAUCUUUACCAAAAACCACACCAGGCAAUAUUCUGAACUUCAAAGCAGGAAUUGAAUUCAGUUAUCCUCAGUGAACAGUUUUUAAGUUGUUUUGAUGUAAUUUACAAAGACUUUUGCCAAACGUAUAUUUCUUUAUAUACUAUUUUUAUUUUAAGGUAAAAAAAAACCGGAAAGGUAAACCAAGUGUCACAUGUCUGCUAACUGAAUGGGAACUGCAUUAUGGGACAGUCUUGCUGUAAAUUGUCUAAUAUUGGAAAGGAUUUUUUAAAAAAAAUGAAAAAGAAUCAGCCACAAUGAUGCACUCAUCUUUUCUUUAUGUUCAGAUUAAUUUGAUGGUCAGAUACAAAAUCCACCUUAAAUAUUAAGUCUCUGUAAUAGGCAAUUUUUUUCCACUUAAGGACUGCUAUUCAAAACUAGAUAAUAUAAAUCGGGUUUUUUAUGUGUGUACUGUAUGUAUAUACUGUAUAAUACAUGCAUCCUGAUUUGUAUUUGAUGAGAAGAAAAUACAUAGUUUAAUUUCUAAAAUGCUAUGUUAUUUCUCUAUAAUUUAUUAGUUUUUUUCCUGAUGUGUUUUCUGUUUAGCAAAGCAUUAAAUUACCAUGUAUUAUACUGUAUAUACUGUACACACUAAGUUUCAUCCAUAUUUUUGGGUAUUUUAUUACUUUUUUUGUUGGGGAAAUAUUUGUUCAUUGCAUUCAUGGUUAAAAGCUUUCUAUGGUGAUUUUUAAAAUUAAUAGCUAGAUGUUGACGAUGUGUAACUUUAUCAGGUCCAGGGCAGUAGUGAUUACCUGAUUUUAAUUUACCUGGAGAAGUUUGUACCUGAUUCUCUUGCUAUAUGAGUGUCAACUGGGAACAUCUUCAGCAAAGUAUAAAAUUGGUGUAAUUGUAGGAGGAAUCAAGUAUGUUCAUGAUGGGAGUUCUUAAUUAUAAUGUUGGAACUGAAAUUUGAUGGCAAAAAAAUGUGACAUUAUUUUUAAUGAGAUCAAAAUUUUUAAUACAGUGACAUGUACAUGUGGAAAAAUAGUUUACAAAAUAUUUCCACUUAAAUGCUGUAUAUAUGUGUGGUACAAGAAUAUUUCUUUGUAUGCGUACACACACAUACAUGUACAUAAAGUACAUGGAAAAAUUUAAAUGUGCACAUUUUUAAUAUUUUCCUAUUGAAAUUAAAUUUAAAAAUUGGAAAUCAAUAUUUGAGAAUUUCUUUUCUCAUGUAUAUUAAGAUGCUUGACUUUGGGUUCUUUUGUUUGUAAAAAAAAAAUAAAACAUAUGAGGGCUGCACCGUUCAAUUCCCAAAAAGUCAUCUAAUAUGUAUAUGGGAGAAGGUGGAUUUAAGUGCACAUAUAAAUAAAAUCCUAUUGUUAAAAUAUUUUAAUGUUAAUUUACAGUAGGUGAGUGUUUAGAAAUUGUACUAUAAAAAUUAUACUCUAAAGUUCCUAAUUAGGUAAUCAUGCCUACUUUAACCCCUACCCUUCUGUAUUAUUAAGAUGGCAUACUGAAAAAAGUCAUUUUCCCAAGGAGAGGUAUUACAUACUGUAUCUAUCCUAAGAGAAACGAUGGGGAAUAUGUAUAUGCCAGAGAACAAUGUUGGGUACUGUCGAUUACAAAAAAAAAAAGAAAAAAUCAAACAAGAACUUACAUAGGAGAACAAUCACAUUGUGUAUAACUUGUUAUAUGAAAGCUAUGAAGUCUUGUUAAAAAAAUUCUUUUAAAACCCAACAAAAAUACAGUUUUUAUUUUGAAAUACAAUUGCUGUUCUGGAGAAUGUACUUUAUUCAAAAUCUUCUUCUUUAACUCUUUUUAAUAUUAUAAACUGUUCAAUGGAUGGCAGCGUUUACCUUAAUCCUUCAGGUGCUACUGGAUUUUGAAUCAGAGUGUCAUGUUGUGAAUUCUGACUUUGACAUAAAAAAAAGGUUUUAUAAGUAUAUCCCCGUCUGGAAGUUGGUUUUUGGGCCCUUUUUCUCACACCUCUACUCCAGAAUGAACCAUUUCACUCAUCAAACUUCAUAAUAGCAUAGGAGCACUAACUCCCAGAACAUCCAAUUCAGGAAAUGCUAAGAACAGACUAAUUCCUCAGCUUACAGUGCCAUUUGAAGCAGAGUUAGGGCUGUCUGCCCACUUAAAUCAGAGUGUAACUCUGUUUAGGGUACCGCUGUUAGCGAGCAAGGUAGAGCUGGACAGAAUAUCAAAUUGAUUGAUCAAGUCUCCUGGAUAUCCAUUUUACAGAUAAGGAUAAAGUUUUAAUGGUUAGUUUUCAGCCUCCAUCUUUUGUGAUUAAAAGUAGGGAGAGAAGUUGCUUUUUUAAAAACCUGUAACACAGAGAAAAUUGCAUACUACUUCAAGAAUGAUUGAGGCCGCUGUUCUAUUCAGACAAACUUGGACAAAGCCCUAGUGAAUUAAUUGUGACUUAUUUCAAAGUAAAGGUGGAUAGGAGUGAGCUACAAGUUUUUUCCCCCUCCUUCAUUUGGUAGCGAGCUGCCCAUGAAAAUCGUGGUUUUGUUUUGCUUUCCAUUCCAGUUGCUAGAUUUUAGUGCCAAAAUAAUGGUAUUAUUGAGCAAUUUCCUAAAGAUUUCCUGGUCUUAGGUGGAUGGGGGGGAUCAUCAAGGAGCCUUGGGGAAAACCCUUCCAUCAUAAUCCUGCUGCCAUUUAAUGCACAAUUGAUGUUCUGGGCUUGCACAGCCAUGAGUAAUAGUCCAUGCCAUCCCAUUGUGUGAACAAUGGUCAGCUCUUUGCUGUAAGAUACACACAUGGGGAAUUAUGUUGUUGUUUUAAUAGUUCUACAACUACUGUUUUGGACUACAUCCCCUAUGUAACUGUAACAUGCUUAAGGUUUACGAAGAUCCAGUGCUAAUGCAGAAAUUGACAGCAGCCAAGCACCUGUCAGCCACUUCCUAAUGUAUUUACGUAUUCUGUAGGAAUCAUGUGUCAUUCUGGUUGGAUAAUACGCAGUUAUGCCAAUAGUGGGCAAUGGUAUUACGAGCUCUGUAACACUGCUGCAUAUUAAGAUGCAUUAAUGAAUAUAUAUAUGAAGUGCCUUUGACAUAGAAGUGCGAGAUAAAUGUUUAUUGUUAUUUCCAAUUUUUCCAUGUUUUCAAAUUCAGGAUUACCAUGGUAUGGCACUAAGUUUUUCUUUCAGUUUUUGUCUUGAACAUGUUACAUACCUAAUAGUACUCCCCAGUCCUUUCAAAGAUCUGAUAUGUUCACGUCCAGCAGCACCUUCGGACCACAAGAUUUUUGGGAUACAAACUGGAAGCAAAGCUUCUUUUAUCAGAUACCAGCUUUGACUCCCAAAAGGUUACACCCUGAAUCUUGCUGGUCUCUUAAGGUGCUCCUGGACUUGAAUAGCUGUUCUACUGCAGCCCAACACAACUCACUUCUGAAACGGUUUUCAAAGAUUUGUUAAGUUUGGGUAGUUAGAAGAUGGGACUCUUUAUCCAGAUGGACUUUGUUAUUGCUUGUUAUAGUAUGCGGAAGAAACAAAUAUGAGUCUCGGCAAAGAAGUAUCUUUUUUAAAAAAUGUGUAAAGGAGCGUCAUCAGCUUUCUAUGUCAGAUAGCACCAGCAUCUUCAGGAAUUGAAGUAUUAUCAGUGCUUGGCAGAGUCUGAAAGGAACAUAUUUAAACAUAGAAAAAGCAAUAAAUAACAUCCUAAAGAUCAUUGC